GAAUCAACGAGGAGCUGAGCUGAGCUGAGUUCCUGAGCCGAUCCCUGCCUAUCUAAAUUGGGCGUCCCAGCCCAGCGGCAGCAGGGGAGGCGGCCGCUCGCAGGCAGCCCACGUGGGGCUCCCUCCAUCAGUCAGUCGGUCCGUCAGUCCAGAGGGAACCAGGGAGGCACCAGCACCGGCAGGCUUGGCCCGGAGCGGAGCGCGUGUGCAGGGGUAGCGCCAAGCCCGGAGCGGAGCCCUUCCAGGGAGGGUGUCCGGGAGCCCCCGGGUCUCCAGGGUCGGAGGAUGCGGGGCCGAGGGGGCUGCGGCUGGGGUAGCUGCGGGAGCCUCUGGGCGCUGCUGCUGCGGCCAACGCUGCUGCUGCUGCCCAUGCUGCUGCUGCCCAUGCUGCUGCCGCCUGCGGGGCACUCAGCGCGUGCGGCACGGGGCCACGAGCUCAGCCAGGGACCCCCGCAGCCCUUCGAGGUGCUGUACGACCGCGGCGUCGAGGCGUUUUCGGCCGGGGACUUUGAGGCUGCCGUGCGCUACCUGGAGCAGGCGCUGAGCAGCCGCCGGCGGCUGCGUGAGGGGCGGCUGCGCUGCCGCCUGGAGUGCGGGGCCCAGGCGCCCCUGGGGACAGCGCGUGGGGGCGGCCCCGCCUGGGAGCUGCGCUUCCUGCGCGCCCUGCUGGAGCGGGCUCGCUGCGUGCGCCGCUGCGAGAGGGGAGACGAGGACACCGCCAGCGCCAGUGCCCCGGUCCUGAGCCGCAGCCCCGCAGACGUGCGCCUGGACUUCCAGAAGAGGAUGCCCUACAGCUACCUGCAGCAGGCCUACAGCCAGAUGAACCAGAUGGACAAGGCUGCAGAAGCUGCCUAUACCUUCCUAAUGGCUAACCCUGAGCACAUGGCAGUGCCUUCUCAUGAUGAGAACAUUGAAGCGGUGGCAGGAGCCAAGCUGGUGGAUCGAGAAGCCCAACCCCAUCUGGAACACUACCGAGAAGCGGUAGAAUAUUAUGAAGCUGAUGACUUCCAGUUGGCCAUUGAGUCCUUUGAACAAGCUUUGAAGGACUAUUUCACGGCCGAUAGGGAAUGUCGGGUUCUGUGUGAGUGGUCCUGGGGCUACGGUGAUCAGGAACAUCUAGUGAAAACUGAUGGCUUCUAUGAAAUAAUCGCAGGUCUCUACUCCCGGCGGCUGAUCUGUGAGCAUGACUGUGUGCGGGAGCUUGCUACCUGGCCAGGCCAGCUCUCUCCCAUUGAGAACUUCCUCCCCCUUCACUAUGACUACCUACAGUUCUCCUAUUAUCAAGUUGGCAACUAUGUGAAAGCCCUCGAGUGUGCCAGGUCCUACCUCCUCUUCCACCCGGAUGAUGAGGAUGUGCAGGAUAAUGUGAGGUACUAUGAGAGCGUAUUAGAAGAAAGCAUGGACCCCCAGAUCAUCAAAGCUAGGGAGGAUGCCACGAUAUUUAUGAAACGGCAUAAGCUUGAAGCUGAGCUUAUCAUAUCCGCUGUGGUCAACCUGGGCAUUCCCUACACUGAACAGAAUUACUGGACCCAUGAUGGAGGACGACAGGAAGACGCUCCGGUCCUUUCAGAGACGGGCGACAGGAUGGCCGAGGCUCCCGAGAAGUCUGGGGGAAAGCAGCCCCUGCCCAGGCUGGACCGGGAAGCUCAGGAGGGGGGGCCGCUGCUCUACAGCCACAUCAAGUUUGUCUAUAACUCGGAGCAGCUGAACGGGACGCAGCGAAUGCUGCUUGAUAACGUCUUAUCCGAGGAGGAAUGCCAGGAGCUGCAGAGCAUGGCCGGGAGAAUAAUGCUCGCCGGGAGUGGGUACAAAGGGGAAGUUUCGCCCCUCACUCCCAAUGAGAAGUUUGAAGGUGCCACCAUCCUCAGAGCCCUCAAGUUUGGCUACGAAGGCCGAGUACCCCUGAAGAGCGCACGGCUCUUCUACGACAUCAGUGAGAAGGCCCGCAAGAUUGUCCAGUCCUACUUCAGGCUCAACUCCACCCUCUACUUCUCCUUUACUCACCUGGUUUGCCGAACGCCUCUUUCAGAUCAGCCACAAAACAGGGAUGACCUCAGCCACCCCAUCCAUGCCGACAACUGCUUCUUGGACUCGGACACCAAUGAAUGUUGGAAGGAGUUUCCUUUGGCGGCUAGGGAUUACAGUGCCAUCCUCUAUAUGAAUGAAGACUUUGAGGGCGGAGAGUUCAUCUUCACGGGAAUAGAUUCCAAGACUGUGACGGCCUCCAUCAAACCAAAGUGUGGGCGUAUGGUCAGCUUUUCCUCAGGCAGAGAGAACCCUCACGGGGUGAAGGCCGUGACCAAGGGGCAGAGGUGCGCCGUGGCGCUUUGGUUCACUUUGGACCCCUUGUACAGGGAGUUGGAACGACUUCAGGCAGAUGAAAUGAUCAGACAGUGGAACCAUGAACAGAGCAUCAACCCCAAAGAUGAACUUUAAAAGUGGUCAAGAGUGUUUUAUCAAAUAUUUAUUUAAUAAUCUUAUUAGAACCUUUUAUUUUUCUACAGAGUCUUGGUAUAAAUUAAUGGGUUAAUAUGAGUCUCCAAAGCCUUCCUUUGGUUGCUGGGGCUCCUUUGUCCACAAUCCUUCAAUCAACUUCAUCAGUCUGUCUUUCAAGAGAAUCAAUCAAUCAGUCAAUCAACAAGCAUGUAUUAAGUGCUUUCCUAAGUGCCGGGGAUACAGAGACAAGAGCCAGGCAGCCCCUGCUCUCUCAGAGCUGACCUUUCAAUCCAACCUGCAUUCAUUUUUAUUAAGGGCCUCCCAGGUGCUCAGCACUGGCUACCAUGCCUAGGAGCACAAAGAUAAACAACCCAAGUCCCUACCCUCCAGAUGUGCAAAAGGAAAAACUAAACCCCUCCCACCCAUUGGCGAAGGAUCUCCAAGCCCAAAUAGAGAGGGUCUCUCCUUUCUGUUCUUGGCAGAAUUCCAAGGUUUGAGGUGCUUUUGUGUAGGGCAUCUCAUAAGAAUUCUGGGCCAUAGGUCUGCUUAUUGCCAGCACUUUACAGAUGAGGAAAGAGGCUGAGAGGGUUAAGGGACUUGCCCAGGUUCAUACAUGUAGCCAAGAUUCGAAUGCAGGUCUUGGUCCCACACUCUAGCCACUGUGCUAGCCAAUGCCAUUAGUGAAAGAAGCCACCAAACCCUUCCAGGCUGAGGCAGGGGAGGUUUCCAAUCUUCUGAGAGCCCAGACUGAGGGAGUAAUUCACCCCACAGCACCCAGCACCUGCCCCAGAACAUGCAUGGCACAGCCUGGUUUCUUCUCCUGUGUAUCCACGGGGCCCUGAUCACUUGAAGGCAAUUUCCUUGAUCAUUUCCACCAGCUUUGGGGGGCACCUCGUCUCUGGUACUGUACAACACGAUCAUGUUUUCAUCUGCAUCUGUCAAUA